GUGUCAAUGUCGAUGUCAGUAGCUGUCAUGUGUUCGUAUUCUGUUUGAAACCAAACAUAACCUUCUCAAUUCAUUAUCAUUAUCUUAAAGUUCGAAUACUCAACUUGAAUUAAAUCCUAGUAAAUAUAUUAUUGAAACUUCAACUGUACAUCGUUGAUUUACAUUCACUACUAGUAUUUUGAUGAACUCCCGGUACUUUUACGUCGAAAUCGUGUGUGACGCGGACCAAACCCCUCUGUCGCUACGAAGGGCCGUGGAGGAGGCCGCGACGCAAGUGUUGGGGUCGGCGGGCGCGGGCCCGGUGUGUGACGUGCUGCGGUGUGGCGGCGGGCGCGGCCUGCUGCGGGUGGAGGCGCGCGCCGUGAGCCGCCUGAGGGCCGCGCUGCUGCUGGCCGGCGCCUCGCUGCGCCCGGGGAAACUGUCGCCUGUGCCACAAGCUCUGAUAUAGUGGAAAAAUGUCGACUCGCUCAGUACUGUCGUCUGGCCUGGAUGGCAAGGAUGUGGUGAUCGUUGCAACUCGAGAAGAGUUGGCCAGUCCCAGCAAGGUGAGCCUGCCAGAGCCCGAGCCGACGCCAGGCCUCAUUCUGGCAGAUGGGUCCAUCAACUGGGGUUGUCCAUGCCUUGGUGGCAUGGCCACGGGCCCCUGUGGCUCGCAGUUCAGAGAAGCCUUCUCUUGCUUCCACUACAGUGACGCGGACCCUAAGGGCAGUGAUUGCUACGAGAAGUUCAGUGUGAUGCAGGAAUGCAUGUCGCACUACCCUGAGCUCUACGGCAAGGACGACGACGACGAGCUGGCCGCCGCCAUGGACUCUGCCGCCAUGGACUCUGCCGCCACGGACUCUGCCGCCACGGACUCUGCCACUAAUGACAAGCCUGAGCCGAUCGCCGCCGCCGCGGGCGACGCGCGUUAGUCGUCUUGGCACCGUGACUUAGCUGCUAAUAUUACGUUACUAUAGUUAAUAAAGGGGUAGAUUAGGUUUACAAA